UCCGGUCACGGUUUUUGGACGGUGUGUGCAGUGCUGUCACUUUGAUGUUGACAUACUACAAAGUCAUCAUGUUGGCAAUAGUCCCAUCAUUAGUUCACCGUUGGUAGCAGACAUUGAUGCUGAUGGCACUCUUGAUAUCAUUUCAACAACAUUUGAUGGGACUAUUGAUGUUGUCGACGGGGAGAACAUGAAACCACAUUCCAGAUCACAGUGGCCUUAUCACUUCCCAAACAGCACAGUACACUCAAGCCCCAUGUUGUAUGAUGUCGAUAGUGAUGGCGUGCCAGAAGUUGUAGUGUUUACUACUGAUGGAGAGAUUAACUACUUUAAGAUAGAUGGGACGUUUCUUCCAGACAAAACAGUGCAGAUCCCUCCCCUUAUGGUACCCAAGCAAUGGUUCAAGGAACAAUCCAGGAUUGAUGCUACUAUAUCUGGGUUUGUGAGAACAUUGAGCGAGGGUGGUUAUCAAACCAACAACUUUAUUGCCUGUGACGCUCACAUCCUGGCCACACCAAGGCUUGCAGACCUCGAUGGAGAUGGCAGAAAGGAGGAACUUGCACUUCCUGUGUCGUAUUAUGAAGAGCUUGAGUCACCAAGGGAUGUGGAAUCAGGUGAAAGUAUCUUGGACCUAGUGGUCAGUGGAUUGGUCAUUCUCAACAUGACCAGUGGUCAUCUUAUCAAAGAAAUACCAUUACACUUAUCAAAGCAAUCAGAUCCAUUCCCAGCCUAUCUGUUAUAUCCUCCCACCAUCGUUGACCUGGACAAUCGUCAUGGACCAACAGAGGUCAUCAUUGCAACCACAUCAGGUCUACUGCACGUUGUCGAUAUCAAGGGACAGGCAAGAUCAGGUUUCCCUCUACAGCUAGAGGGGGGAGCCAUCAUGGGACAGAUCACUGUUGAUGACCUGGACAGUGAUGGCAUCUUGGAGAUGAUUGUCCUCCAGACUUCUGGUGAUGUCACAUGUGUCAGUCGCCAUGGUAACAAAGUGUGGUCUUCCAAGAUAUCAGGUGGUUCCAUGCCUGGAUCCAGAUUGGUUGAUCUUGAUGGUGAUGGCGUGAUGGAUGUUAUCAUACCUACAAGUGAUGGGAAUGUUUGGGCAUUAUCAGGCAAGACUGGUACCCAUUUACAACAUUGGCCUGUGUACGUAGGAAGCAGACUUGUAUCAAAUAUUGUAAUCACCAGUCUCAUAAAGUCAUCUCGACAUCCAGUUGUGAUAACUGUAGGAUAUGAUGGCAACUUGUACAUUAUAUCCCCAUCACAUAAUGGUGAAGAAGGUCCAUGUAUUGAGACUAUUGCACUUGGUGAAAGUUCACUGACCUCUGUACAUAUGGCAGACAUGAUUCCAUCAAUGCCUGGUGUAGAGAUGAUAGCUGCCACCACCCAUGGUAGUAUCAUGCUCCUGUCUACCCAAAACCAAGAGAUAGAUAGCGAGGGUCUGGAAGACCUCACAUGGAUGGAUACAACAAGUGAUGACAAAUUUGCGUACAAAGAGGCAAAGUAUGGUGUAUUUGUGAGGAGAGAGACUAAGCAGAAAUCUUACAUCAGUGGUACAAGUUUCAUCAUAGAUUUUCACAUCGAAGAUGAAAACAAAUCAAGUGGAGAUAAUUCAUAUGUAAUUCAGGUUUUUGCUGGUUCAAUUUGCCUUCAUCCUGGUACAACCUAUUCUCAGCCUGGUUUAUAUUCCCUCAAUGUAGCAACACCUAAUCAUCCUACUACAGUAUUAGUUGAAAUUCAUUUGAUCAACCAACAUGGUCACAUCUUUGUUGACUCAUUCCCUGUCAGUUUUAAUACCAAGGUUACUGAUGACAUCCAAUGGUUACUGGUGAUUCCAACCAUUGCCAUGGCGAUUCUUCUUCUCAUCCUCUAUGGAUAUCCAGAAGUAGAUCUUCUUCCAACAUCUCAUAUAUCCAAGGAGAGGUAACAGUCAGUCUACCUAGUAUAAGUUGAUUUCAUUGUAUAAUUAUCUAGUACAUUGUAGGUUUAUUGAGAUGGUUUCUGAAAUAUACUGUACCAGAUGAAAUCAUUUUAUGAAG